AUGAACCGCCGCCCUCCAGGAUCACCCGGUGUGCAAUGGCUUAACCGGAGAGACAUGAGUGUGCGCACGGAUGACAGCUUCACUUUAUGCCAAAGGGCUUUGCAGAUGGUUACAGAACUUUGUCUAACUGGACACGUGGACCGUGAAAGAUGCUCGGAUAUAUUCCCUUUGGGAAGUGAUAUUCUGGGUAAAGGGCACGCAGACAUCUCCAUCAGUCUUCUUGCUGUGGUAGUGGGUUUCUGUGGUCUCGCUCUGUUGGUAGUGUCUCUCUUUGUCUUUUGGAAGCUGUGCUGGCCCAUCUGGAGGAACAAGACUCUAUCCACGCAAACACAAAAUGUCCUACAUGUGGGUUUCACUGAGGCCCCUCCGCCCUCCAACCCUGCUCAUACACCAGAGUCCAAAGUGGUGGAGAUGGAGAAGAAAUGGCCCCUGGAGGUGAAGGCCAAUGGACGCUGCUGUGUCAAACUGCAAGAGGCUGCCAUGAAGAUCAGUCAAACAUCCCCAGACAUCCCAGCAGACCUGAGGACUGCCCCCAGGGAAAAGGUCAGCCAGCCGAGCAAGAUCCAGAGGCAAACCACUGAGCCCACCUCCUCAUCCAGGCAUAACUCUUUCCGGCGUCACCUGCCUCGUCAGAUGAAUGUGUCCAGUGUGGACUUCAGCAUGGACACAGUACCACUACGACAGACCUCCACUGCUAGUAUCGGCCGGAUCAAACCAGAACUGUACAAGCAGAAGUCAGUGGACUCAGAGGAUGAGGGAAAGGCUCCCGUAGAGACUUGUGGAAAACUCAGCUUCUCCCUCAGAUAUGACUAUGAGGAGCAGGCUCUAGUAGUGAAGAUACUAAAGGCUUUAGACCUGCCUGCUAAAGACUUUACAGGUACAUCUGAUCCAUAUGUGAAAAUCUAUCUACUCCCCGAGAGGAAGAAAAAGUACCAGACCAGAGUCCAUCGCAAAAACCUCAAUCCAACCUUUGAUGAGAGCUUCUGCUUCCCCGUGGCUUAUGACGAGUUGUGCAAUCGUAAGCUGCACUUCAGUGUCUACGACUUUGAUCGCUUCACCAGCCAUGACAUGAUCGGCGAGGUGGUGGUGGACAACCUCUUUGAACUUUCUGACCUCUCCCGCGAGGCUGUGGUGUGGAAGGACAUCCAUGCAGCCACCACGGAGAGUGUUGACCUGGGAGAGAUCAUGUACUCAUUAUGCUACCUCCCCACAGCGGGCAGAAUGACCCUAACAGUUAUCAAAUGCAGAAACCUCAAAGCCAUGGACAUCACAGGCUCGUCAGAUCCCUACGUGAAGGUGUACUUGAUAUGUGAAGGGAGGAGGUUAAAGAAGAGGAAAACUACCACAAAGAAAAGCACUCUCAACCCAGUGUACAACGAGGCCAUCAUUUUUGACAUCCCCCCUGAAAAUGUGGAGCAGGUCAGCCUGUCCAUCAUGGUCAUGGAUUAUGAUAGGGUUGGACACAAUGAAGUGAUAGGCGUUUGUCGCACUGGUCCGGAUGCUGAGGGGCUGGGCAGAGACCACUGGAACGAAAUGUUGGCAUAUCCACGGAAACCCAUCACACACUGGCACGCGCUGGGAGAGUGGCCAGGAAGAGCAGCCAGCUUUGAAAGUCAAGGUUCAUGUCCUUCACCCAAACCACCUCACACUCCAUGAGAAUCACAUCAAAGAAGUUGGAAGAAGUUCAAUGUAAUUUCUGUGAGAUCUCUGAUACAUGCACAUAAAAUGCACAUACAAAAGGAUAUACCUUAACCAAGUUGGAUAAGCACUACAAAAGCCUAUUUUCAGUAAGCCCUUUUAAAGAUGCAAUGGUCUUUAAUAACAGAGCAUUUUGUCAAGUCAGUACCUAAUACAUCUAUUCAAAAAUAACAUUAAAAGAAGCACAGG